UCUCCCGCGGUUCGCGCGACGCGCAGGUUCACAUAACCUAUUUCCUAUAGCAGUUUCUCAUCUACAUCGCCCGUGAAUUUACAAUCUUACAUCCCGUUUCUGCGCGUCAACUGCGGCGAGAUUGAAGUUUUGCUUUUAGGUUAUAUGCUAUUUAUACAACAUAAUCCUGUGCUAAUGAGUUAGUAUUGUGUUAUCGUACGUGCGCGCGAGUCCUCGUCGUAGUAUGAUGAUAACCUGCGCGGCCAGCGGCUGUCCCUCCACUCAGACCACGAAGAUAGACGGCAAUCUAAUCUCGUUUUUUGCGUUUCCAGAGGACGAUCUGAGGAAGAAUCAAUGGCUUCACAAUUGCAAUUUGGCGUCGGGUAUCGUUAGCGAAAGGGAAUCUUGUGGGUUACACUUGUGCGAGCUGCACUUUGAAAAAGUAAACUUUACCGCGUCCCGAGACUUGAAGUCAAACGCCGUUCCUACCCUGUUCGGUAGAAUAGAAGAGCCUCCAAAGAAGCGUAAACUCGAGAAUGUAGUGCAAACUGUACCAGCAAAGGCACCACCGUUCAAGCAGAAAAAGAUAGACGAACACUCGCAUACCUUAGUGACGCCACCACAGAGCCCAUUUAUGCAACUCACAGAUAAUGCUGAAGAUCCGACUAGUGGAAUUAAAGAUGUAUCCGUCGAUCAUGCGGUAGCUAUGAACGGUUCUAUGACGUCGAGUUCCAUAACGAGUCUUCAGAUGCAUACGAAGACGUAUCGUCUGAUGAUACAGAUCGACAAGAUGCGAAGCAAACCGGGCCCAAAGUGCAAGAAGCUAGUGCCUUUGAUAAUGCUCAAUAACGACGCGAAGCACCUCACGAUGAACAUGCACGAGAUCGUGAGGAAGGAUCAGCCACCUUUGCAGAAACUGGUUAAGAGGGCCUGUGCCAAGGGUAGUUGUAGACUGAAGGAAUGUAUAUUUGGUUCGCGACCGGCGCUCCAAUGCGAACUAUGUGAUAAAUAUUACGUUACGAAGAGAAAGGAGGACAAGAGCUACUCUUGCUCGAUAUGUUCCAAGACUUUCCUGAAUUCGCAGUUGUUAUACGUCCACGUUAGGAAGCACUUUAUCUGCGACAUAUGCCAGACGGAGUGUAGCUCGCAGAUGACGUACGACAAGCACGUGAGGUUGCACGUUAGCACUGAUCCGUUGUAUCCGUACAAGUGUCACCAGUGUGCCAAGAUAUUCGAUCUGAAGGAGAGCGUCAAGCAGCACUGCUCGACGGAGCACCCGAAAAUCAAGCUUCAAACCACCACUGUUCAAAUUACUCCCUCUUCUGUAGCUACCAAGGUCCGCCAACAGAGCGAGUAUCGAUGCGUCAACUGUAACAUCAGUUUCCAGCACGACCAAAGCUACAGGAAUCACAUGAGCGCUCACAAGAGGAAAGAAAGCUUGAGAUGUAACAUCGGCGAGACGAAUAACAUAAUCCCAGUGCCGAAUCCGUUAACUGGCAGCCAGAUAGGCAUACUGCAAGCGGUGAAGUUCAGCUGUCGGGUGUGCUCGAAGGAAUUCGACAACGUCGGGGAAGUCGACGUGCACACGAGGACCCACCUGGAGGACGCCGAGGAAGGCCUCAACUGCAAAAUCUGCAAGCAAUCGUUCAAGACCAACGCGGCAUUCAGCGAGCACCUGAAGCAUCACCUGUCGCGCGCGCAUCCUUGUCCAAUCUGUUCAAAAGCCUUCAUUAACGGAACCACAUUACAGAUACACCUAAAAACGCACCCCGAGUCGUAGGUCCCCGCGAUAGAUCGUACGUUUUUACUUUGGCCCUUGCGAUGGACGUUCUGUUAUUUUUUUCAAGAAACUCGUGUGAAAUACAAUGUUCGAGUAAGUGUUACCGAGUCUUGUAUAGCCGGUACGGUCGGUAUCUCAAUCAAACAUAAGCCUGUGUAUAUUAUGUAGAAAAUCGUAUGCCACUUUUAUAGCCACGAUGGUAAACGAGUGACAGUCGUAUAAUAUUUGAAAAUCGUUAACUUCUCAAAUUUACAUUUUUUUUAAAGUAGAAUCAUACUUCGUUCUAAUUGUUCUUCUAUCAAUUAAAUUAGUUAUUAUUAUUAUUAUUAGUUUAUAUUCAAGCAUUGAUUUCAUUAGGAUAGAUAGUUUUUUGUUAGUAUGUAUGCAAUAUGUAUGUAUACAAUUCCUUUGUAAACAGCGUCCUUUUAUUACGAUGUCAUUGCUACGUAUCAUAAACUUUUUGGAUAUGUUAAUUGCAUACGCACGUGAAAGCAAUAAAUUUCUAGUAAAUUUGAUUUCCUUUAUGUAAACUUGGAAAGAUAAUUUUAAUUAUGCCAACAAAACGAAAUAUCUAGAAGACAUUUUGUAAAUAUUAAGUCUAUACGUGUGAAACUUGGGAAAUUCCACAGCUUCGUAUAGUCAUAUUGAUAUUUUUAUUAUGUGUGCGUUCUAUAAAAAGGAACCAGAAAAAGAGGGUAGCAUACGUACUAUACUAUUCAAUUUAUAAAUACAGAAAUAAACAUUUUCCUAAUAUA